AAAGGCGGGCCUCUGCUCGCCUCUUCUCCGGCAAAUACAUUUGACUCUCCUCUACAACCAUGUACUCUCGCGUCGUCGCUGCUCUUACUUUUGCCUCCGUUGUCCUUGCCUGGGAUGCCGGUCAGUGCACUACUGGCUCUCUUCAGUGCUGUGACAGCAUCCAGGAUGCUGCCAACGCCCACGACGCGUUCGGCCAGCUUGGCCUUGGUGACCUCCUCAACGGUAUCACCGGCCAGGUGGGCAUCUCGUGCAACCCUAUCACGGGCAUUGGCGCUGGCCAGGGCGCCAACUGCGCGUCUACCCCCGUCUGCUGUGACGAGAACAACUACAAUGGCCUCCUCAACAUCGGCUGCAGCCCUGUCCACGCUGAUGCAUAA